AUUUUUGAAUUUUUAUAUGCCAAACUUCAAGAGAUAGUAUAUUUCUGCUUGUACCAGUAACAUUUACUCCUUUCAAGAUCUCACUAUGGAUGCACUACAAGGUACAUUUUUCACUAUGAUGGAACAACUAAAUGCAAAGAUGGCCUCCUUUCAAAGCGAUUUGCAAAAAGUUAGCACCACACCAAGCACUGUGUCUUCUAUAACUGUAGACUUUGGAGUAUUCCAAACAUUUGUAGCAAACACUUUCUGCAACCUUCAGCAGCAACUAGAAUUGCUAGCAAACCAGAUGGACCAAUUCGAGAUGCGAAGUCGCAGAAAGAUUUUGUUAUUCCAUGGUGUCCAGGAAUCCGGUGGCAGUGAUACUUCCCAAGACAUAGUUAAAGUUUUAGCAGACAAAUUGAAGAUCCCAGGUUUUUCCCAAGCUAACAUCAGCAGGUGUCACCGAAUGGGCAGAACAUCUGGAGACAAACCUCGUCCUAUCUUGGUAAAAUUUCCUGAUCUCGCUUUACGGAAUAAAGUAUGGUUUGCCAAGACUGGGUUGAAGGACACUGGAAUCACAGUCUCCGAGUUUUUGACAAAGGGGAGGCACGAGGCUUUUAUAUGCGCUCGACGCCACUUUGGAGUUAAGCAGUGUUGGACGCGCGACGGAUUUGUGGUUAUCGCCGGAAAUGGCGACACAAGACAUCGAGUCACCACCAUAACUGAGGUCAACAAACUUAUAGACUCUAUUUCUGCCGCUGCUGCGAUUGCAUCGGAAGCUUUGAGUUCGGUUUCAUCGGAAGCUAGAGGGUCGGCUGCACCGAAGGCUUCUGCCGCGGUAGCAGCCCGCAGCAAGCGAGUCGUUAGAAAAUGA